AUGACGAUCCGAUUCCUCGUCAACUUUGGCCUCCUGGCCUUGCCCAUCGCCAUAACGCUGGGUGUAUUGAUCGGUCUUCAAAGCCAGCGUACAGCGACAGGUGGACCGCCCUUGUUCAAGCCUGAUCCUAAACCUACGGCACCCAAGAAGAAGCAUGGCAUUACCACGGAGCAGCAUUGUCAGAAGUCGUAUGGUAUUCACCCGGAGACGAAGGGACAGGAGUAUACACUUAAUCCUAACCAGUGGGGUUGGAAUGAAGGUGAUGAUGGAGGAUUAUGCUUAUAUGUCGACAUGAACAACAACGAGACCUACGCCACAAAGGAAACCGCCCCUCGCUGGUCCGUAGUUUGGCAAUACCCUCAGGGCCCCGAAACAGCACCCGUCCACGCCUUUCCUAACAUCAAGGUUGACGGCGACGUUUUCCCCGCAAAGCUCAGCGAUAUUGACAAGAUCGACAUCGACUUUGAAUGGACGUACGCUAUCGGCAAUGCAUCCGCCAAAGGCGCAAAGCCAGCGACAAAGACGGAUCUUACAGAUUUGAAGGACCAUCUUCUGAACGCUAACGUCGCGAUGGAUAUGUUCAUGGAUAAGGAUAAGACAAAGGCGCAGGACUCUGAAGAUGCCUCGCACGAAAUCAUGGUGUGGUUUGCGGCCAUUGGGCCAGCGACACAGCCUUUGGGUUUUAAUGUUGAUGGGUCAAAUCCUCUGGCGACAAAGACACUACACGGGACAGAGUUCAAACUCUACUACGAUAUCAACCAGGCCAAGCAAAAGGUAUUGACAUGGUACGUCGAGAAGCCAGCCGAGAAAUUCGACGGUGAUCUCUGGCCUUUGAUCGAAGAGAUUCUCGCCAUGGACAACGCAGACUACCCUUCUGCGUCGGAUUACAUUGGAUACAUGUCCUGGGGAACAGAAGCCUACUCUGUGAACACAACGGUCACAUUUGACGUGCCCAACUUGUCAAUAAACGUUGGCAAGAAGGCGGCUUGA